AGUCAUUUUGGAAUUCAGCUUCCUUCAACACUGAGGCUUCAUACCUUCAUUUCCCAACUUUCCAUGGAGAGCUCACUGCUGAUGUGUACUUCCUUUUUAAGACUACUGUUUCCUCUGGUGUAUUCAUGGAGAAUCUAGGAAUCACAGACUUCAUCAGAAUAGAGUUGAGUGCUCCCACAGAAGUGACCUUUUCUUUUGAUGUUGGGAAUGGACCUUGUGAACUCACUGUACAGUCACCUACACCCUUUAAUGACAACCGGUGGCAUCAUGUGAGGGCAGAAAGGAAUAUUAAAGAAGCAUCUCUUCAGGUAGAUCAGCUCCCUCAGAAGACACAACCCACACCUACUGAUGGGCAUGUUCGACUGCAACUCAACAGCCAACUCUUUAUUGGGGGGACGGCCAGCCGGCAGAGGGGCUUCCUGGGCUGUAUCCGGUCUCUGCAGCUGAAUGGAAUGGUGUUGGACCUAGAGAGAAGGGCCACAAUGACACCAGGAGUGGAGCCAGGAUGCUUGGGUCACUGCAGCAGCUAUGGACACCUGUGUCGCAAUGGUGGGAAAUGUCAAGAAAAACACAGAGGAAUUGCUUGUGACUGUGCCUUCUCUGCCUACGAUGGGCCACUGUGCUCACACGAGAUUUCUGCAUAUUUUGAAACUGGUUCCUCAGUGACGUAUAAUUUUCAAGAACUUUCCACCCUAAGUGAAAACACCAGUUCCCUGGCUUCUUCAUUACAUGGGGAUGUCAUACUGUCCAGAGAAACCAUCAUGCUGAGCUUCCGAACCACACGGACACCAUGCUUAUUGCUUUAUGUGAGCUCUUUCUCUGAGGAAUACCUUUCAGUUAUCCUGGCCAACAAUGGAAGUUUGCAGGUGAGGUACAAACUGGACAGACAUCAGAAUGAAGAUGCUUUUGACUUUGACCUUAGAAACUUAGCAGAUGGACAUUUUCACCAGCUGGUGAUCCACAGAGAAGAAGCAGUCCUCUCUGUAGAGGUUAACCAGAGUACAAAGAGACAAGUCAUCUUGUCCUCAGGGACUGAAUUCAAUGCUGUCAAAUCGCUUAUAUUGGGAAAGGUUUUAGAACCCCUGGAUGUUGACCCUGACACAAGACAGGCAGCAGCUCAGGGCUUCACUGGCUGCCUCUCUUCUGUUCGAUUUGGCCGGGAAGUCCCACUGAAGGCUGCACUACACCAGAGUCAAGCCAGUGUCACCAUUCAAGGCCAAGUGGCCGCUGUGUCACAGUGUGCAGAGAGUCCUGGCUCACCAGUGCAGGAACGGGCUCCAGGGCCCUCUAUGGGUGCAGGUCCUUCUGGAUCCACAGAAGAUAGACAGCCCCUUCCUAACACAGACAGGAGUGACCCUGGGAUUAUCGGAGGAAUAACAGCAAUUGCGAUAUUUGUUUUGCUGUGUGUGUCUGCUAUAACCAUACAUGUUCAUCAACAGAGAAAGUUACGACAAAAAAAUGAGUCAACAGUCUCAAAACCUGAAGAGUGCUAG